GUUGAAUUGUUUAUUGUAAUCUUUAGUGGAUAUCAAUUAUUUGAACUAGACAGGUAAAGCAUGAUUUACUCUGCGCAUACAUGUAGUUAUAAUAGUUUCCGAUGAUGGACAAGGCGGAUAGAAGGCUUUCUGAUUUGACAAUCAAUAUCCUGGGAAGCUGUGCUGUUGCAGUUGACAACACAUGUACAGUUUUCUGAAAAUGGUUACUUUGGAUAAGUAUGGAAUUUCUGGCAUUUUCUUAUUUGUAUUUUAUUUUCGAUCAAGUCACACCUAUGUUAAAAGAUGUCCUGAAAUGGCUGAACUAGUUAUAUUCUCAAAAGUAAAAUGCAACAAUGAUUACGAAUAUCACUGUUUGGCGUUACAUCGCAUUGCGUUUAACAACUACAAAGAGGAAUGCAGAACUCCAGAAUGGGUAUCUUUAGGUAACUAUCCAGUAUUAAGAGGUCGAUACAUCGACUACGAGACUUGUCCGGUUUCCUCUUAUCAAACUUUUUUGUUCAGGUCCAAUGAACGUUAUAAAUGCACAUAUCUGAAGUCAAUGUGUUCAUCAGACGGUCAAGUUGAAGUUAACGAUGGAACAACAACUAGUAACAAAGCUUGUCGCUGUGAUUACAACAGAGGAUUUGCAUUUGUAAUAAGACCGCAAAAUCAAAGUGCAUGUAUUCCAUCACAAGAGGACUGCAGUUGUUACAGUAAACGUUGUGUAGAAGGUCAAAACCUUAAUCCAGAUUAUGAAUGUAAAACUAUAACAGUAUUACAUGGAAACAGUACUUACCAUGUUGUAACAGUGACAGACAAGGAACAUACACGGCAUAAUGCGUCCUAUGUCGUGACUAAUCUAAACAAUGUUGUCUCUGGAAAAGAAGGACAUAUUUAUGGUUUAGAUGGCUUGAAAUCUUUAAUAGUAUUUGUGGUAUUAUUGGUAUCUGCCUUUUCAUUGGCCUUGAUAAUAACCGUUUACUCAGCAACAGCCUCAACAAAGGACAACGAGCAAGCAUAUUAUAGCAAGAAGACUCAUAAUAUCGACAACAAAGGAAACAAAGUUUUUACUGACACUUACAAAGAAACAGAUGAGUGGAAGUACAUUGGGCAAUCAAGUUUUGGUAUUGAGACUCCGCCAAAUCGUGAAAUCGACAAACAAAGGAACAAAGGAUACAAAGAAAUCAAUCGGAUAAAAACAGAAACGGAAUCAUCGACUUCGACAGAAAAAGCAGACAUCGUUAUUCUACACAUAGAGGAAAACAAUCAGAGGACUGAAGUGGAAUCAUUUAAGUUUCAACUAGCAUCAUUAUCAAAAGAAAUGGGAUACAGUGGUAUUAAUAUCAAGUUGUUUGAGGACGUUUUCAACAGGAAAGAGCAUGACAGUGAUAUUGAGACUGAAACAGUGCUUAAAAAAAUAAAUUUUGUUUUUGUCUAUAUAUCAAACAAAUUUUAUACUUCAAAACUAAGACGACGAGGACUAAAAGAAUCGUUUGUAAAGGAUGCUCUUAAGGAACCAAAAACUAAGACGCAUUUUAAAAUCGUGAGUAACUGUGACUACUGGGAAUUGCCUGCCGGAAGCUACCUGACACUAAAAAAGGAAGAUAUAGAUUUAGACUAUUUUUAUUACGUUAAAAGGAAUCCAGAUAUCGUUAUGGAAUACGAAAAAACUUACAAAGAUUGUCUAGAAAAGAUUCAACAUAAUGAUAAAACAGAACAACAUAAUUGAAUUUUCUGUAUUAUGAAUAAAAGUAAGUAGCAUCUUUCAUACCAUGUCAUACAUUUAAAAAUACUGUUGUUUUAAAUAGAAAACGAAUAUGUGUAUAAUUAUAUUGUUUUACUCAUAGUUACGAUAAUAAAAAUAAGACACGAUACAAAAUGAUAUUAUACAGUUAGCAUUGGAUGAUCUCAACAUAUCAAAAGCGGAAACAGUUUUUGCUUUUAUUUCUACCAACGAAAAACUUCUUGUUGCUUUCCGCUGGAUAUAUUGACAAUAUUUUACUUAAAUUGAUCAUUGAAAUGUAGUUCCUUUAACUUUGAUAUUUUGAUUAAUUCAAUAGUCUUAAUCUCUGGAAAUUACUUUUUUUUUAAUUUCGGAACAUCAAUGUCAGUGUGUAUGUGUCAUCAUUGAAUUGAUAUUUGUCGGUUUGAUAGUGAUAAUACCAAAUCAGGCUAAUCAGCGGAAUUUUACCUGCAUGAGCAACACGACGGAUUUCACAUAUGGUACACGAACCCCUUACCCUUUUCUGAGCACCUGAGUUCAUCCAUCGAUGAUAUGCAUGUUUCCAAUCUCAGUUGUCGGUUUUCUUAGACUUAUCAGUUUUGAAUAUCCUCUUGGUGUCUUCCGUCUCUUUUUCGUAAAAAACACUGAUCACAAAUUGAAACGUUUUGCUUUUUAAACUCUUCGAAUUCCAUUCUUUAGUUAAAACAAAUCGUUCUUUUAACACAAUUCAAAUUAUUCUCAGGAAUGUUAUCUAAUCUUUUUGUCACUCCUAACAAAUGAUACUUUGCCAAUGCAAAAAAAAAAAAAAUCAUCUGUUCACUGCUUUUUUUUUUAUCUGGGAAUACAACAGACCCUGCAUUAUUCACGAAAGAUAUUUUAGAGAAUCACAGAUCCGUCCUUCUCUCAUUUUAUUUUAUUUUUUAACAUACAAAGUAAAAUCAUAAAAUACCAAAC